UGCUGUGGGCCACCGUCACUGUGUGUGUGUGUGUGUGUGUGUGUGUGUGUGUGUGUGUGUGUGUGUGUGUGUGUGUGUGUGUGUGUGUGUGUGUGUGUGUGUGUGUGUGUGUGUGUGUGUGUGUGUGUGUGUGUGUGUGUGUGUGUGUGUGUGUGUGUGUGUGUGUGUGUGUGAGACAUAGCUGAGGGCAGCAGCCUCAGGGAGAGAGCUCACCUGCAUUGAAUACACAAAUAUAUUGAUCCAUAAGUCAUUGAUCUGUCAGUUACUGAUCAGUUAGUUAUUUGAACCAUCAGUUAGUUAUUAAUCCAUGAGUUAUUGAUCAGAUCGUUGCUCUCUAUCUCUCGCUCUCCUCAGUGAAUUGUUGUGUGUGAACAUUUUACUUUGAAACCUCAAAGAAAACCUGUGGAGCUGCUUUCACAUGACACAGCAUCACUGUGCUAUGAAGUCGGGGAGAGUCUCUCGGCUCAGGACUCGGUGGUCAGUGAUCUCCACUUUGAUUUGACUUCUUUCUGACUUGUGAGCUGCAUCUUUAGUCUCCUCAACACGAGACUUCAGGACUCGGUGUGAAAGUGAGAGCGACUCGCAGACAUGAUCCGACCCCAUCGAUUAAUAACUAAACACAUGACGUCGGUUUGUCACUGACAUCAUCCCAAUAUAAAACAGAACAAAUGAACGUGAACUAGUUUGUUUUAGGUGUGAACUGGAACAACAGAGACUUGUGGGUCUCUCAGGUCCUGGUCCUCCUCAGAGACUAACGAUCCACACCAGCUCAACUGUUCCUCUAAGAACAUGAUGUCACGGUUCAGAGGAAGUGAGUGAUCAGUGGGCGGAGCUUCAUACUGUGUGAUCUCUUAUCUGCAACUUAACCUGGAGCAGAUCAGCUGUUCGGGAUAAGUUACCAGUGAUUUUAAGCGAACGAGCCUCUUGGACUGAAAACUCUUUAAACCGGAAGUUUUCCUGUUACACACAAAUCCUGCUUCUAGUCCAGAUCUCAGGUGCAGCCUCUGUGGCCCUGAAUUAUGACACAGCUACCGUCAUUGUCAGGUUAUGUGUGUGUGUGUGUGUGGAGCUUCAUGAUUGGAUAAUAUAAGAUGAUGAGACAACAAUUUAUUUCAGUAAAGCCUGUUCAUCACUAAACAUAAAACAUACAACAUACAACAUACAACAUACAACAAGUUGUCUGACAGAGGAGAGGCCCUUGUUUCCAUGGUGACUGACGAAGGUCAGGUCUCCGUAUCUCCGUCACGGCAACAACAUGAGGACGUGAAGAAGAAUGUUCACCGGAUCAUCAAUGAUGUUGUCGAUCGGUGCAGAUCAUUUCUGAUGUGAGGCUGUUUGUGUGCUCUGAGGUUCACAUGCCCACGGGAGAAAGAGGAGGAGGAAAUGGACUGAAUGUGAGAGGGCACAGCAGAGAGGAUGGAAAGCAUAGUGUACUGAUGAACGAGGACUGACAAACCAUCAGGAAGUAAAGAAACUAAGAAACAGGAUCCAGGAUGACGAGCGCAGCCCCUGCCAGGAAGCCGUAUCGUAAGGCUCCACCACAGCACCGCGAGACCCGCCACACCAUGCCUGUCGCUCCACCCCCGCCUGUGCCGCAGCCCGACAUCAAUCAGGAGGCGUUAACAGAUGCUGACAGGAUCAGAAUCCUGCAACAGCAGAAUGAGGACCUUCGGCACCGCCUUUCUCUCUCCACCCACAAGAUGGAGGCCAUGGAGGCGGAGUUUGAUGGCAACCGUCAUUACAUGGAGGCGGAGCUAAGCCGGACCAGAGACGACUUGGAUAAGAUGAGGGACAAGUUCCGCAGACUCCAGAACAGCUACACAGCGUCUCAGAGAACCAAUCAGGAUCUGGAGGAGAAGCUUCACGCUCUGCUGCGGAAGGUGGAGAGGGACAAAAAGACGAUGGACCAGGAGAUUGUGGAGCUCACCAACAAACUGCUGGACGCCAAGAACACAAUCGACCGACUGGAGGAGCUCAACGAGCGAUAUCGACACGACUGUAAUUUGGCCGUUCAGCUGCUCAAGUGCAACAAGUCGCAUUUCAGGAACCACAAGUUCGCUGAUCUGCCCUCCGAGCUUCAAGAUAUGUUGAACAAACACAUGAAGACUGUGUCGGGGGGGGCCUCGGGCCCCCAGGACCCGGACACGCUCAGUUUGACGCCCGCCGACGUCGUGCCGACCUCCGUCAUCGCCCGGGUCCUGGAGAAACCCGAGCCACUAGUCCUGAAUUCUGCCCAAUCAAGCAGCUGCGGGCGACCCGUGGCUGAGGACGUCUUUGUGCACGUGGACAUGACGGGUCCCGUUGGGGCCGAGGGCCGGGGCCGGGACAACGGAGCCGCUCAGGAAGCGUUGCAACACAACGGGUCCUGUCGCAGUCAGAGCAGUCUGGACGGGCAGUUGGAGGCUGAGGAGGGAGGCGGGGCUCCCUCUUUCGAGAAGCUGAACCCGUACCCGGCGCCGCCACACCCCCACCCCCUGUACCCAGGCCGCAAGGUCAUCGAGUUCACCUCCGACGAUAAAGUAAAGAUCCCCAAAAACUCACCACUUCCCAACUGCACCUACGCCACAAGGCAGGCGAUCUCCAUGAGCCUCGUCCAAAACGAGGACGAGCGUUUGGCCCCCAGCAGCCCCGCCCCCUCCUUGGCUGGGGGGGGUGGAGCCAACCAGCACACGCCACCUUCACAGAGGGAUGUCGCCAGCGAGCCUCUAUCCAGCCAGUCGAGCCCCUUCAGUAGCCCACCACAGGCUCUCAGCGUGAUGGCGAGCUCCGGCAGCUCGGAGGAGGAUCUUCUGUCCAACUGGCAGAGGAUGUUUGUGGAGAAGAUGGCGCCGACUUGCGACAACUCCCUGGUCCACCGUACGUCGUUCAGCAGUCAGAUGGCUAAGGAGCUGCAGAGGAGGAGUCAGGCGGGAGGGGGUGGGGCCUCCUUUGACCACCACAGGACGGCGUACUCAGAUGGCGAGGAGGGAUCCUCUGCGAGGAGCUGGACGCCAAGCCGCGGCUCCAGCCUCGACACCGACACCGACACCGAGCCGCGGCCCGGCAGGAGGGGGCGGUACGGGGGGGAGGGGGAGGUGGAGGAGGAGGAGGAGGAGGUGCUGCUGAUGAACCUGGAGGAGGACGGUGGCAGCGGGGACACUGCGGUCACCGUGGCGUCCAGCCCCGCCCACAGGAAAGAGCAGCAGGAGGAGGAGAGAGACGUCCUCCCCCACGACCUGCCCGUCAUCUCGCCCCGCGUGCUGGAGUACGACCCCCCCCUCUCCAGCACCGGCCCCUCGCACCGGCCUCAGAAGAGUCCGAAGAGGAUGGGCGUCCACCACCUGCAUCGCAAAGACAGCCUGACCCGAGCCCAGGAGCAAGGCACACUGCUGGACUGACCCGAGCCCAGGAGCAAGGCACACUGCUGGACUGACCCGAGCCCAGGAGCAAGGCACACUGCUGGACUGACCCUCGCUCGCCCCUGUUCUCCCUAAGCUGAUGUCUGUCUCCAUGGCAACUGACCUGCCCGUCAUUAGGGUCAUCCAGGAUAUAGCCAUACUGUGUGUGUGUGUGUUUGUGUGUGUGUGUGUGUGUGUGUGUGUGUGUGUGUGUGUGUGUGUGUGUGUGUGUGUGUGUGUGUGUGUGUGUGUGUGUGUGUGUGUGUGUGUGUGUGUGUGUGUGUGUGUGUGUGUGUGACACAUUGUCCACAUACUUUUGGUCAUGUAUGUAGCUGAUCAGAACACAUGGUCGUCACAUGUCUGUAUAGCUUUCAACCAACUAGCUGAAAGUAUGUGGACAGCAAACAAAUGAAGUUAUAGCAACAACACUUUUACACCAAAAUGUAAAAUUUGGUCUUUCAAACUUUUACAAUGUGAUCAGAUUAAUCACCAUUUCUAAAUGCUCUGUAUAUUAUUGUGGGAACGGAAAGAUAAACGACAGAAGGUGGAUAUAUACAUUUAAAGUCCAAAUGAUAGUUAUUAUGAUUGAAAAAUCAAUCUAAAACAUACCCCACCAUAAUUAAUAUGGCUGGCUGCUUUGCCUCUGAGCAAACACAGGAUGAUUUAGAACGUUCUUAUUUGAAUCAAACUCAAAGAACCUUCAUCCUGAACUUUGGGGCUUCCGAGGCUUUGCUCUUUUUCAGCCAACAUAGGAAGGUUGAAUAAAACUUUUUGCAUUUCUUUUUUAAAUCAAACAAACUUUAAACAAUUAAAUGUGAAUGUGAAUCCACAUCUCAGUGUCCAGCCAGUUCCCCUUAAAAUGAACGAGUUCCCAGUUCAGUUCAUGCAGAUGAACUGGUUCAGGUUCACAGUUCAUGUUUUAACUGGAGGAUUCAGGUGACGUCCGGUCGUGGGUCUGGUUCUGAACCGAUGGAGUCGGAUCAGGUCUCGUUUUAACUCUGAGUCCUGAGUGUGAGCGACUCGUGUCCAACAUGUGGACGAGUCCUUUUCAUGAUGUUUCAAUGAGUCUGAUAAACUGAGGAAUCAAACCAGCACCCAGUGACUUCCUGAUCAGGUCCUGAGAACCAGUGAUGAGUGUGUGUUAGUUCCAGUGAGAGCCGAGUGGAGGAGGACACAGAAACUCCAGCUCGGUACAAACCAGCUGCAGCUUCUGAUCUGAUCCCAGAUCAGCUGAGACCAGAGGAACUCUCUGUUUCUCUGUUGUUGAUAGCCCUAAAGAAAAUAUUCCCAAAAAGUCCAAUUCCUCAAAAAAAUUAACAAACACAAUUUAUUAUUAUUGUUUUUAAACUGAGCGUCCACAUGCUUUUGUCCAGGUAGUUGAAUUUGAUCACGUGUUCAUGGAAAUGUUGCUCUGCUGUCCAAAUACCAUUGGACACAUUUUGAUCUUUUGUGAAUGGUCAUCUGCGAACAACAUAUACGACACAUGGCCAAAAGUGUGUGAAUAGCAAACAAGGCGUGUGUGUGUCUGUGUGAGAGAGAGAAACCACAACUUCUCGGACGUCUUUGCCUUGUUUCCUGACCAGGAGCUUUUAUUUUGAAGAUACAAAUGACACACAGUCUCAGUGCCUAUCACUCUCUCUGGGAAGGGUUGCGAGUACGACGCCAGGCCUGCAGAGUGUCAGACUUCGAUUUUGUCAUCUAUUUGUUGACUUCCUGUCAUGCUGUGUUAUUUAGUCACCUGACUGUUCUGACCUUUGACCCUGACUGAAACUGUGGGGGCGGGGCUUCUCCUCACCUGGAGAGUAACAUCUACAUUUUAGGAUUUUUAGUUGUGAAGAAAUAAUGUUUGUUUGAUUUGUCGUUGAUUUGUUUUGUUGUGUUUCUGAUCACAUUGAUUUGAUGUCGUCGUGGUACGGGGGCCUGUGAGUGACAGGAACGAUUUUUAAAAGUUUCUCUUCAGAACCUGCUGCUCCUUCACAUUCAAACAUGUGAGGUGGCUUUUAUUGUGAAGCAGCCACAGGAAACAGUUUUGUUUGCCUCCGUACUUUCCCUCCGACGUUGUGUCGUAGUUGGACGUCAGCUCGUUGCUUCAGCUGAUCAAUGAUUGAUUGAGUCUGAGUGUGGACCGGCUCAGUAUCUGAUCGAAUAUUGAUCACAUCGGAUUCAAACCUUUUCUUGUAUUAGUCGUAUUAAAACUUGUUUUGAAUCUUUAUUUUUUAUUCCUGUUAAUCUGAGAUUAAUAAUUUUCGUACGUCGGCUCGAACACAAUCAGACUGCCACUUCAUGAUAGAACUACAAGUCCUGUUGGUGCAUGAUGGGAUAUGAAUGCUGUCAGAGCUCUGACAAAGUGCAUGAUGGGACACAGAAGUAAUGUGUCAAGGUGACAUCACGUCAAACUUGAACUGGUUCAGAGAACGUUGAGGACAGGAGAGUGGUGGUAAAUAAAUAAAACAGUAGUUUGCUCCUUUAAAUGAUUAAAAACAUUUGACUGUAAAAUCAGACGUGUGUGUCUGUGUGUGUCUGUCUCUCUCUCUCUGUGUGUCUCACUCUGUGUCUCUCUCUCUGUCUCUCUCUCUGUGUGUGUGUCUGUCUCUCUCUGUGUGUGUGUGUCUGUCUCUCUCUCUCUCUGUGUGUGUGUGUCUGUCUCUCUCUCUCUCUGUGUGUCUCACUCUGUGUGUCUCUCUCUCUCUCUGUGUGUGUCUGUCUCUGUGUGUUUGUCGGUCCAUCAUAAACCCGAGUUUCUUCGUUAACAAACAUUUUAAACAUUUUGUCAAUCAGAAUUUUUCACAGAUCUUUUGUGACCACGUGAACAAAGUGAUUUAAUGUUUGGGUCAUAAUAACGUUAGCUAACAAACUUAGCAUAAUUUUAGUUAUUUUUGUUGUGAUUUAUUUGCUCUAAAGUUGAUUGACUCCAGCACAGUGUUGCUGAUGAGCUGCUCUUAGCUCUUGAGCUGAACUCGUAACAGUUCAUGUUCAGUUUGCUUAUAUGAGAAUUCUAAUUCUAGCUCAUUGGCUACAAAGUGGAUGAGUCGUUGAAAGUAUUUUCACGGUUCAGAAGAUUAAAUGUUUCAGUGAAUGUAAGUUAUUGAAGAAAAAUGUCGUAAGCUAGAUCAGGCAGGACAAACGGUUAGCUCGCCAUUUGACUUCUACACAUGCGAACAUGCUAACGGCAGCCUGGUGGCUAAUCAGUUGUUAGAGAUGAACAUUGCUGGUUAGCAGAGCGAAGGACCCCCUAAGUGGCCACCAGGGGGCGCUGGGUGGUCCGUGGAGGACGUGGACUCACCUGGGAUCAGGACAUGGAGGAACAGGAAGCAGGUUCUAGUCUGGGAGCGUUUGGUGUCUUCACAGCUGAAUGUCGUUAAUGUAACGUUAAGGUUACUGUGACUCCGCCCCCUGGUGCUCACCUGUUCACUGAGCGUCUGUUUGUAAAAAAUCUACUGAAGAUUUUAUUUUCUCAAUUUGUAACUGAUGUAUAUUUUAAAAGAAAUAAAAUAUUUUAAACCUU